GGACCGCGGAAGGUGAACUUAGCGCCAGCGCUAUCUGCUAAGUAUUUCCUCUUGGACAGAAAUGGGUGUGUUGCCUUGCCACAAAAUUAGGGACUCUCAUCUCAUCGCACUGUAAGGCAACCGACCAGUGCCGACGCCCACUGCAGUUCAAGGGAGGCUCAUCUUACCAGGUCACAUAAAGGAUUCGGCUAAAUUCAUGGUGAAAGCCAUGAGGGACAUUGGGCUGAUGAAUUCUAGAGCAUCCUCCAUGGCAGUAGCGGCUCGCAGAAGGAAAACAUCAACACACCAACACUACCACAAAAGGACUGCCUUAAUGCUCAAAAUCCGACAGACCAGCCGGCCAGACAGGCCUCAGACAACUCAGGAUGAUGCUGGGAUUGCAGGUUCUGCUUCUGUAAGCCUACCUCCUCUAAGGCGCCCAUCACAGGGCUCGGGGCACUUACCCAGGAGGCCAAGUAAGACACGGCGUCUUGGCACGGAAUCUGCGGCUCCAUCUUCCCCACCCAGGCGGCGCAUUUCUGCAGUGUCACCCCAGCCACCACUGGCACUAUUGGCGAGUCCACAGAGUGAUGAGCCCCGAUCACCUCAGUUAUCUGAGCCAAGCUUGAUGGCCGACGUGGACCAGCAGGGACAAGACCAACAGGCAACCUUCACACUGCAACUAACACCUGUUGACCCGAGCCAGCCAAUACAGCUGCAGGAUAUCCCCCAAGCCUCCAUGAGUCCACAACUGGCACAAGCUCCACCCCAGCCACAAAUACCAGAUGACUUUUGGUCCAGUUGGACAAGCCAACAGGCCCAAAGCAAUGCCAGCCUGACCGCACAUACCCAACACCUUGCCAGUCUGCCCCAUCAUCUACCGCGCAUUAGUCGCAACUCGGGCAGACUGAUUGUCCAAGUAGGCCGAAUCGCAACAUCGAUGGAGCAAAUACGGGCAGACAACAACCAAAUGCUGGCUCAUUUAACGCGCAUCAUUGAUGAGCAACAGCGCCACCAACAAACACUCGUACAACUAAUACAGCACAACCAGGUUGUGAAUGAGUCUUUAUCCCGGAUUGUAGCCAGCCACACUGCAACCAACACACAACUGAAUGCAAGCAUAAAUAAUUUGAGCAACAACAUAACAUUGAUGGCAGCUCAACAAGUGACCUCCAGCUCUGGAACCACGACCCCUAUCCAAACGCCAGUAACCUCCCCUGUUCGGCGUUCCUCCCGAGCACGUGCCAGUGAGCCAGCACAAAGCACAGCACCCAGCAAACACAAGCGGAAAAAAUAA